AUAGCCGAAUAUAGAAAUUUAUUUACGUAGAUAUAAACAUUAAUGUUCCGUUAACAAUGAACUGUUCGCGAUCGUGAUACUGAGUUCCGGAAACCUUUUCCGAUGGCAUUUCGGAGAGCAUUUUCUUCUUCCUCUCAAUUCCGCCAUCCCUCUUCCAGAAACUCCACCCUCUCUUGUCUUUCCGACCACCGCAAAUUCGAAGAGCUCAUUGAUGUCCUUUGUCAACAGAAACGCAUCAAGGAAGCCGUUGAUUUACUCCAUCGCAUUCAUCAACCUUCUCCUCGUGUAUACUCCACUCUCAUUGCUGUUUGUGCUCGUCAUCGAUUUCUUGAAUUGGGUAAGACUGUUCAUGCUCAUACUAAAGCUUCUAAAUUUAUUCCUGGUAUUGUUAUUUCCAAUCGUUUGCUUCAUAUGUAUUUCAAAUGUGGGAGUUUUAUUGAUGCCCAGAUGGUGUUUGAUGAAAUGCCUCAAAAGGAUUUGUGUUCUUGGAAUACAAUGAUAUCGGGUUAUGCUAAUCGUGGUCAGUUUGAAAAAGCUAGAAAACUGUUUGAUGAAAUGCCGCAAAGAGAUAAUUUUUCUUGGAAUGCUGUUAUAUCUGGUUAUGUUAGUCAUGGUCGACAUAGGGAAGCUCUGGAUUUGUUUAGAAUGAUGCAGGAGAAUGAGAGUUCGAAUUCUAACAUGUUUACGUUGUCCAGUGCCUUGGCUGCUGCUGCUGCUAUACCGAGUUUGCGUCUUGGGAAGGAAAUUCAUGGUUAUUUGAUAAGGACUGAGUUGGAGUUGGAUGAGGUGGUUUGGACUGCUCUUUUGGAUUUGUAUGGCAAGUGUGGGAGCUUAGAUGAGGCUAGGGGUAUUUUUGAUCAGAUGGCUAAUAGAGAUGUUGUUUUGUGGACUACCAUGAUUCAUAGAUGCUUUGAAGAUGGAAGAAAAAAAGAGGGAUUUUCUUUGUUCAGAGAUUUGAUGGGGUCAGGUGUUAGACCAAAUGAGUAUACAUUUGCUGGUGUUUUAAAUGCAUGUGCCGAUCUUGCUGCUGAACGUGUGGGAAAGGAGGUUCACGGAUACAUGACACGAGUAGGGUACGACCCAUGUUCGUUUGCUGCGAGUGCUCUUGUCCAUGUGUACUCAAAGUGUGGGAACACUGAAAUUGCGAGAAGGGUGUUCAACCAGAUGCCUCGCCCAGAUUUGGUGUCAUGGACUUCUCUAAUUGUUGGAUAUGCUCAGAAUGGUCAACCCGACAUGGCUCUUCAUUUCUUUGAACUACUACUUCAGUCGGGCACAAAGCCCGACGAAAUUACCUUUGUUGGAGUUCUUUCCGCGUGUACUCAUGCUGGAUUAGUGGAUAAAGGGUUGGAGUAUUUCCAUUCAGUGAAGGAGAAGCAUGGAUUGGUGCAUACUGCAGAUCAUUAUGCAUGUGUUAUUGAUUUAUUGGCACGAUCAGGACGAUUCAACGAGGCAGAGAAUAUUAUUGAUAACAUGCCCAUGAAGCCUGAUAAAUUCCUUUGGGCAUCCUUACUUGGAGGAUGCAGAAUACAUGGGAACAUUGAACUAGCCGAAAGAGCAGCAAAGGCAUUAUUUGAGAUAGAACCAGAGAAUCCAGCUACCUAUAUCACCCUGGCUAAUAUUUAUGCUAAUGCUGGUCUGUGGACUGAAGUUUCUAAGGUUAGGAAGGAUAUGGACAAUCGGGGAAUAGUAAAGAAGCCAGGUAAGAGCUGGGUUGAGAUUAAAAGACAAGUCCACGUGUUUUUAGUAGGAGAUACAUCUCACCCCAAAAUAAGUGAUAUACAUGAAUACUUAGGAGAACUCUCGAAGAAAAUGAAGGAAGAAGGCUAUGUUCCAGACACAAACUUUGUGCUACAUGAUGUGGAGGAGGAGCAGAAAGAGCAAAACAUUUUUUACCACAGUGAGAAGCUUGCUGUUGCCUUUGGAAUCAUUUCAACUCCACCAGGAACUCCAAUCAAGGUUUUUAAAAAUUUAAGAACUUGUGUAGACUGUCACACUGCCAUGAAAUAUAUAUCAAAGAUUGUUCAAAGAAAAAUAAUAGUGAGAGAUUCAAAUAGGUUUCACUGUUUUGAGGAUGGAAGUUGCUCGUGCAAAGACUAUUGGUAGUGGUAGUAGUAGUAGUACAAUACAUUAACAGCUUUGUGCAGCCUCAAAGUAAUGGAUCUACAAUGAUUGUUGUCGUGUGUUCUGUUUGGCGUGACGACAACAACGGUGACAACAAAUGAUGGUCACACCACUCGCUUCAUGGUGCUUCAGAGCUGGAAGAUGAGGUCUACGAUAUUGUUUUGCUCGUCAUCAUACACAACACCUUUGCUAAGGGAUGCAAUUGAAAUAAACUUCUUUUAUCCCCCAAUGUAUGCCUCAAUGAAAAAUUGAUGCUGCGGUUGGGGAGGAUUGUGUUCUUCUCUUCAUGAAGAAGUUUGUGGAUAUUCAAGUGCAUGAGCUUAGAUUUCUUGUCCGGGCUAAGCUGAUCCCAGCAUUACUAAUAUUUCACAGGAUGACUUUAAAUCAUGUCCUUCCUUUUAUUAUACUCUAACCACAUUCUACUAAGCGGAAAGAAGUUCAAUUACCAAAUUUAUCGGUUAUUAUUUGGUGCUGCUAGAGUUAAAAAUAUUUGUGCAACCUUCAGAAAUUUCUGUGAGGCUCAGAACAUGGAACUUUUUUACUGGUUAGGUUGUCUGCGGAAUGAUGGAUCCAUUGUAUUAUUGCACCAUGCAUGUGGCUACUGAUGGAAGAACAGUUAAACAAGUUCUUGAAAUAUUAACCAAUUGAUGGCACUCAACUUUCCUUCAUUUUUGUAACAUGUGGCAGACACGUGAACACUUGGACACACUGACACGUGUAUAGUUCAAACGGUGUUAGUGACAAAAUUAAUGGAAAUGACUAAGUUGAAA